CCACUACAUUUUAUCCAAGACGUUGUCCGUACUAUCGACGUGAUGACGUAUGUCCAUGAAUCCACUACCGGUUCAAAGGGUAACAACGUGGGUCCUGGCGUGUCUCGGUUGGUGUUCAAGAUAGUUUGGCGACAGCGAAGAGGCACAGUUGUCAAUAAUGGGCGAGUUUAAAGUACACCGAGUCCGCUUCUUCGACUACAUGCCAAGUGCUAUCCGGACCAUGGCAUUCAACAGUCAAACUGAGCGGCUGGCUGUGGCCCGGGCUGAUGGCGCAGUAGAAAUCUUCAACUUCAAUGACAAUUUCUUCCAAGAAAAGGUGAUCCCAGGACAGGAUGGCCGAGCUAUUGAGGCUCUGUGUUGGGUGGGCCAUCGACUGUUCAGUGCUGGUUUGAAUGGAGAGAUCACAGAGUAUGACCUGGAGAACCUGAGGCCCCAGUAUACUGUAGAUGCAUAUGGAGGACCAAUCUGGACCAUCAGCAGCAACAGCCAGGGAACACAGCUGGCAGUUGGUUGUGAGGACGGGACUGUAAAGAUAUUUGCAAUAUUGGAGGAGAGGAUUCAGUUUCAAAGAAACCUCAACAGACAUAAAGGACGCAUCAUAUCUUUGUGCUGGCAUCCAUCGAGUGCACAGAUUGCUGCUGGAAUGACUGACAUGAUCACAAUCUAUGAUGCAGAGACAGGGCAGGCUACACGCAGACUGCUGGUGGACAGGGCUAUGGGAGCAUCCAAGAAUAAAGAAGUGGUUGUUUGGAGCGUUGGUUAUCUGUCCGACCACACCAUCAUCAGUGGGGAUUCUGCAGGAAAGGUCCAGAUCUGGAACGGACUCACAGGAACUCUGGUUAGAACUUACCUGGUCACCAAGUGGGAUGUUCUGGUUCUGUCUGUUUCGAAGGAUGAGAGCAGUGUCAUAGCUGGAACAUCCGAGGGCACUGUCAUCCAGUUCCAGUUCAUCUCCUCAACUCUGGACCAGCAUGAUAAAGAGUGGGUCCGAACCAGGACCUUUCGAAACCACUCCCAUGAUGUCAGUGCACUUGCUCACACAGACACCGCAGUGGUUUCUGGAGGUAUGGACACCCAGUUGGUGGUGCGCCCAUUGCUGGAUAAGGUGGAGAAGAACACUCAAGAGUCAGCACUGCGCAAAAUAGCGUUCCCACAUAGGAGCCUGGUUGGCUGUGCAAAGAAAGCUGGACUCCUUCUCUUCCAGUUCCCUGAUCGCUUAGAGCUGUGGAAACUUGGAGAAAGUGAAGGACAUGGAAAACCUGGUGACCGUCUACCUGUGAAGAGGAAACCAGAGAAGCUGAUCGAGCUGAAGAGGAAGGGAGAGGAUCACAUCUGCUGUAGUGCUUUGUCUGCAUGUGGAGGCUGGUUGGCAUAUUCCACUGUUUCCAGUGUUCGUCUCUACAGAAUACAGUAUAACAAGACCAUCAGCAUUAACAAGGUGCCCAAACUGCCUAAAGAGCUUCGCUCGGUCCACCAGCUCUGCUUCUCCUCUGACUCCUCCAAACUCUUUGCUUCCUCCUGCCAAUCUUCAGUUAUUGUUGUUGCUGUCAGUCAACAGGAGUGCAGAUAUCUUCAUACCCUUAAACAUAAGACAGGUUCCAGACAGCCAGUGCACCUCCUUUGUGCUAGUGAUGAUGGUAAAUGGCUUGCUACAGCAAACACUGACUGUGAGAUCCACAUCUACAACCUCCACAAGAUGAAGCUCCACUGUAUGGUUCCUGUGUACAACUCCUGUCCGACUACAAUCGCCAUCCACCCAGUGACCAACAAUCUCAUCUCUGUGCAUGCUGACCAGCAGAUCUUUGAAUUCUCCUUGGUGCAGAAGGAGUACACACAGUGGAGUCGAAGACUGCAGACACAAGGACUGCUUUCCCUGUGGCUGGAGCGGGACACACCCAUCACCCACAUUACCUUCAAUCCAAAAAACCCGGACCACAUCAUUCUGCACGACACAUACAUGUUCUGCAUCAUUGAUCAGAGUCUGCCCUUCCCAGAAUUGAAUGCAGUGCUCUGGAAUCAAAUGACAUUAAAGAACCUUCCUGUGUCACAGAGGAUUGGACAAAGCCAUGCCUUUAAGAUCUGUAAGAUUUUCCAGCACCUCAUGUGUGUCAGUCUAUUGGAGGAUCUCUCUCUGGUGGUAGUGGAGCGCCCCCUACUGGACAUCAUGUCUCAGCUGCCAGCACCUGUCCGCCAGAAGAAGUUUGCAACCUAAAAGUACAUGUGAUAGGAUGAGAUUGUUACCUCGUUGUAUUAAUAAGUAUCCAUUUUGUAAAAAAGGUUUUGAUAAUGUAAUUUGAAAAUAAAAUAAAAUAUUUACUGUUAUCUGUGUUGGA